AUGGCCACUAUUGGUCGCAGAUGGAUGGGCCUGCUGACACAUUUGGGCGCCAAAGUCGACUUUACUGGGAGUAUGACAGGCUUAAACACCAAGGCGCUCGAAGAUUACAACAACGUGGUGGCUGAGAUUGAAAGAAGCUACCAGGCAUCGACUGGAACUAUCACGGUUCUCCCCGACGAGAUCCUGGUACCAAUUUUUGAAUCUUUCACACAAGUAUCCCGCAAAGGCGGCAGAUGGACACAUACAAGCAUUAGUCCGCUUUCCUUCGUCUGUAAACGCUGGCAAAGGAUCAUCAUUGGUACACCGUCACUUUGGAGCAUUGUCGUGGCGAGCGACGAGGCGGAGGACGCGCUAGCAAACGCUGCAGUUUACGUCCAGCUGUCGAGAGACCACCCUCUCACGAUUAUAUACGACUUGGGGUGCACUGUGAUCGACCAGAUGGCUCUAAUACUCGCCCCUCAUUACUCCCGAGUCAAAAGUAUUCUUUUACAAUCCCGCAGCUGUUCCACAUCUCUGGAGGACACACAUCUUCAGUUAUUGUCUCUUCCGAACCUCGAGAGGCUCGAAAUGGAGGAGUCUCUUAUUGGAGAUACCUCCAAACGGACUGUCAUAGACAGGUUUAUGCGGCGUAAAUCCCCACUCACGAACCGCCUUUCCCUCGGGAAGCUUUCAUUCUCCCGAUUGAUUAGCAUCGAGGAUAAAUUACGGGCACUUACAGUGUCAAUUUCGUCCGUCAACUCCCGCACAAAAAAUCUCAGGACAUUGGGUUCUAUAGAUAGCCUAAAGGAUGUAACGAUUCUGGGGGGUGCUUGGAGUAUUGAGGAUGAUAGCAGUGGACAAUACUCUAUCGGUGAUGGGCCAUUAUCUUGGGAUAUUUUACAACUACCCGCAGCGCCCUUGACAGUAACAACAAACCUCAGCUCGCGAUGUACAGCUCUUCGACAAUUGGAAGUAACUAUCAAGUUGACUUGGGUUAACUUUCUUCUUGAUAUCAUUACAGAUUGUCGCUCGUUACAAUUCCUGGGUCUAAAAAUCAUACUCGGCGGCGAGGUAUAUCCUUCCCAUGCUAUGCAAUUUCCAGCGGAUAGAUCUGUUCCUACCCUGAGAUCACUUCACAUAACAUAUGAAGAAGAAACUCCAACACUUCUGGGAUUCUCCAUCUCCUUCUUCACAUGUGCGCUACUCAACAGCACUCCGUUCCUAUGGGAGCUUAGGAUCGAGGGACAACGUAUCUUUUUGAUCGCCGAAAUCAUUAUUCCACACAUAAAGGUGUUAAAACAUCUUAAAAUUGCAAGUCUGUACUGCCUUUCUUCAGGCCUUGCAAGCUCUGUGCAGAUUGAACGACUCCAAUCUCUCCAACUACGUACUGACUUCACUAUAAUCUCAAAUCUGCAUUGUGAUACUGUGGAAAUUCUUGAUGCUCACCUUGUACACUACUGGCGAUGGCGCUGCACCCUCUCGUCGGCUAAAUGGCCAAGAUUACGCAGUCUAAAGCUGCGAAGGGAAGGAGCAGAAAAGAUAAAUAUACGACUAGAAUUUUUAGAACUGGAGGAGUUGGUCAUAGAGGGCUUCAGCAUCAUCUCGGCUGUACUAUACUCCCUCGCCAGACACCCAACAGAUCUCCCUUGCCUCCAACGCCUUUCACUCCGCGGAGACGAAGUAGAAUGGGACAUGCUCUUUAUCGUACUGGAGAAGCGCAUACUCGCACAAAAGGACGGCGUCUCUCCCCUGGAUACCCUCGAGAUUCACGGACGCAUCUCGCCAUUCCUUCAAUACGAUCUCAUCAACCUCGUCGGUGGACGUCUUUUCAACCGCACGACAAAUUAUGAACUCUCGGUUCACUAUAAUCAUGAGAUCCUUUUCGACGACCAGAUUCCUGGAUGCGCCAGUUGCCAUUAUCGUCUUAUAGCAUGCAACCAAGACGUUAUACCAGGCGCAGAGUCAUGGGGUGGCACUCCUCCCCCAUACCCAGAAACAGUCUCAGAAUUGCUCAAACGACGUGCUAGAAGAAUGGACUAUCUAAUUAGCGUACGGGAGCAUCUGGCAGAACUCCGCCAGAUUGAGUGUCCCGCCGCGUCCGAGAUGAUCACUUUGACGCGCUACAGUACGCUACCUCCACUCUACAACUUUGACAUGUAA